AUGGAGGUCGCAGAGAGCACAGAACCCGCCACCGUUGGUGCGCCGACUGGCGCUAGUGAGUCUAUCUUCAAUGGCGAUCAAAAUCUGCUCCUCGAUGAUUCGCUUCUGGAUGAUGAACGCUCCAGUAGUCUGAGCGAGAUCGAUGAUGUUUCAGAACAUAUGCCGUCUGAUUACGAAUCGCCGAAACCAGAGAAAAUUGCGCCAGAAAACGAUUCCGAGGCAGAAACGGAACGCAUCGAUGACUCGCCAAACAACUACCGCCUGAGGACUAAUAUUGUCGUGAGCGCGAGCGGCUAUGGACCUAGUCCGAGCAAGCUGGUGCACUCGACAACCUACGACGAUGCUGAGGAGGACGACGAGCACGCGGCAGACGAGUCACCGAGCAAAUCUCGCUCAAAAAAUGGUCGCGCCGUGGAGAGUGUCGAAGAGCUACCGGAGCUCGAAGACUCCACAUUGUCAUCCGAAAGCGCUGGGAAGAAAAGGAAACGCCCCGAAUCUGGAGAUGAUUUGAUUUCUGAACUUGACGACGAUGACUUCCCGCCCCACAAACGCCGUGGCUCAGUCAAAAGCCUCAAGAGCGAUCUAAGUGAUCCUCCCCCUGAUCUAGCCCUGACUCCCGAACCCAUUGAGGAAAUUUCGAAGGUCAAUGAGGAAGACACCCCGGUUGAUGACCUUCCCGAAUCCGAUCUACCCUCGGCUCCCACGAGAGCUAAAAGAGCAAAGAAAGGCAAGCGGAAAGGGCGCAAAACAAGAGAUGCUGAGGACGAUAUCGACAGCGGCGCCGUUGAAACAGGUGCCGAAGUCGAUGACGCCCCCGCUGACGAUGAUGCGGCCGAUCGUCCGGAAGACGCCGAUGAUGGGGAAGCCACUGCGAAACUUGAGGAAGAAUCAGCUAAAAGAACCUCGGCUAUGGAUUCCCUUGCUAUUCUGGAACGGGAGUUCGCAACCCUUCGUGAUAAGAUAUAUGACGAAAGAAUAUCCAAGCUAAACCGUGAACUGGAUAUGCUUAAUGGACCGAACCCGACACACCCGGAAUUACUGCGACAGCUCGAAUGUGUGAAGCAAUAUCGUGACAACAAGAUCCACUACGAGCACACCCUAUUUCAAUACCGCCUCAAAUCAUUAUUAAAUAAAAGCCAAGCAGAACGCUCUCAGGCACACAGCACGUACUUCCAGCGGGCCCGCGAUAUCCGUGAAAGGCAUUCCAGCAGCAUCAGCAAGCAAUUUUACUCAAUUCAGCACGACCGAUUCAAGACAGAUGAUGUCAGCCCGCAGCACUAUAUUCCCUUCCCGACGCGCCGUUCACAACAAAUCUCACAUCAGACCGCAUACAACCAAGAGGUAUCAGUCCUCGCAGGAGUUUCAAAAUACGUUGGCUUUCCGGCUGCACCAUCACUCUCAGCUGCGCGACCGUCAGAAUUGGAAGAUGACCUGGAAAAGAUGGGCAUCUCUAUUGAACCAAAGGCUCCUGUUUCUCACCACCAGCCCCCAAUGCAAAGGGCUCCUGUAUCAAACACCUCAUCGACCGCCUAUCAACCGUCUGCGGAGGAAGCCUUUCUUGAACAAACCCCAUGGGCCAAUCCCCAACAUCCCAUUCAUCAACACCAGCAUCUAUCACAUAGGGCGCAAAAUCGGAUAUUAGACAGUUCGCGAGCGCCAACCUUUGCCACACCAGCAGGUCAAAUGCGCAUGGUGGAUGUUAAUGCGCCGAAUGGAUCAGCUUCCACGAUUGCAGAGAAUUCAUCCGCCAACAACACACCCUAUGGCGCGGAGCAUGAAAUCCUGGCAACUACUGCAGGAGUAUAUCAUGAUUACGGUGCUGACCGACGUUCUGGAUUCCGGUCACUCAGUUCUUCGCCUCUCGAUGUUCGAAAACCUAAUCCAGCCUCGUAUCUUGACCACCGGCCACCUCAAAGCGCAUCGCGGAACCCGGGUUACUCGCCGCCAUCCUCCCGGCUUGGCCUCUUUGGACCAACUGGGCCGAAACGGGAUACCUCACCAACUUUACCCUCAAAGCCCGUCAAUUCCAUCCAUCAAUCGGCGGCAAUGCUAAGCGGCGCAGGGCAAAACUCAAUGGCCGCUCGAUAG